CUUCAGCCAAUAGGCGGAAACUCAUCAGUGAUGGACGGUCGGCGGUGGAAGUGCGGAGCGUCCGCUGAUAAACUGGACGUCAAUUAGCGGAGAACUUUCCCCGGUGAGCAGACGCGCGCAGCAGAUUUGAGCCUUUUGCCUGUUCACAAGAUUAAAGAUGGAGUGGCGCCAGCAGACCAGUGUCAGCUGUGCAGACGCGUUCAUCGAGGCUCAACGCUGGAUUGAGGAAGUGACUGGAAAAUCGUUUGGUUGCAACGACUUCCGUGCUGCCUUAGAGAACGGAGUCCUGCUUUGCGACUUGAUCAACCAGUUGAAACCUGGCAUCAUUAAGAGAGUAAACAGGCUCUCUACUCCCAUCGCUGGCCUGGAUAAUGUGAGUGUGUUCCUGAAAGCCUGUGGGAAACUGGGACUGAACGUGUCGCAGCUCUUUCAUCCAGGAGACCUGCAGGACCUGUCCACCCGUGCAACACUCAGGCGAGAUGAGAGCAACAGAAGACUCAAAAAUGUUCUGAUCACAAUCUACUGGUUGGGUCGCCAGGCUCAUCUAGACGCCUUCUACAGCGGUCCUCAUCUUAACUUCAAGGCCUUUGAAGGGCUGUUAGGAUUGGCCUUGUCUAAGAAUCUAGAUGAGGGCAGUAACGUGAUUGUGAAAGACAGUGGAUACAGAAAGUGCUGGUACCCAGAGAGAGAGGAAAGCCUGCGCAUGAGACCGAGAUAUAAGACGGAGAACUCUGGGGACAGCAUCGACUCUCUGGAGUCCCGAGCCCUCCACCCAAACAAUGAAGGCUGUGGAAGUGACGCGGAAGCUGAGCAGGUGUUCAAAAUGGAGACCACACAGACCCCAACCCAGCAAAACAAAGGUCAUGUCCCACCGCCUCUCCUACGGAGAAAACAAGGACUGGAGGAGAAUGGAAGGGGCUGCGCGAGUCCAUUCGCCAGAGCGUAUCAAAUCCAGGUCAGACCUGAGAGAGCAGUUCAGGUCAACCCUGGCUGGAUUUGGAGCAAAUCACUCAGUGACAUCCCGAUGGUAUACCCUGUGCGUACAGUUCCUGACGGACACGUCAUUUAUGACGUGGACCAGGACGCUGGCAUGGCACGGGAGUGGAAUCAAGAAAGCAAACGCAAGUGUAGCGUCGCUGCCAAGGACAGUGAAGCUCAGUGGCAGGAUGACUUGACAAAGUGGAAGAACCGUCGCAGGAGCACCAAGUCCGACCUCCGCAGGAAGUCACAAGACAGAGAGCAUGUCAUUAACCAGAUGAUCAAUGGGGCUUUGACUAACAUUGAGAGGAAAGAAGCCGGCGGGCUGCUCAAGAGGGACCAGCAGUCACCACGCAGGCACAACCCUGCCCCCCGUCCUUACUCCACCUCUUCUCCAUCAAAAUCAUCCAGCUCUGAUCUGCGGCCACAUACUCGAGCUCUGCUGGCCCGUAGCUACGCCACCGAGGCACCUUUCAGUCCCCCGGCUCCACUUAGCCCCCAUAUCUCAGCCCACACUCAGGGGUCCACGGUUGGAGCCAUGCCUGCCUCUGACGGCAACAUCUUGGGAGAAGAGACCCACUUUGCCUCCCUGGCUUCAGAUGGACCAGGAGUUGCCACACCUUCUCUGGACUGCCCCUUCAGCUCCCAGACCCAAGUCAAAGCCCAGGGCGGCCCGUCUCCUUGGCAGCCCACAACUGAACUGGCCCAGGAAGAAAAUGUUGUUACAAACAAAAUCUCCACUCUAAUCACAACUAUACAGCCAAACGAGACCCCAAAGUCUACCAGCACCAGGGAUCCUACUGCAACUACGUGGAGUCACAAGGAGCUUCCAUUCUGCGCUGAUCCAAAAGUUUCAGCUUUUUGCCCUGAUGCAGUUCAGGCAGGAGUUGAAACCCUGGAGGACCACCAGAACCACAAGUCCAAGGAAGAGAACCAGAAGACAUCUUGGGAACCAGCUGCAGAGCAGCGAGGUCAGCAGGCUGCAGGCGUCUACAAGUACUUGUCCAGAACUGGGUCGUGGUCCGGUUCAGCCAGCCUUCCUCGUGGUUACCGGAGGUCCGAGGGUUCAUCCCGUCUCUCUUCUGCAAUCACAGCCAGACCCUUUGUGACCAAGCAGUCCAGGGUGUCCUCACUGCCGAGACUGUUCAACGUAGACAACAACCAGGGUCUGCUGUUGAAAAGUGAGAAAGAGGAACCUCUUUCUCCACCCACCGAAUCUUCGCUCAAACGACAGACCGCGACCGGCUAUCUGAAGGGUCAGUACCAGGCUUCAGUGAGACAGAAGAAAGCUCAGCAGGCGAAGCUGAAUGGCGCAGAACAGGCGGAGGAGGAGGUGAAAGGUGCCGCCAUUUCCAGCCAGACCUCCCUCCAGACCAAUGGCUAUCACCAUCAGCCCUCCACCCACACCCAGCUGCUCCCGCAACCUUAUUCAAACCUGCAGGUCCACUACAGCAAAAGCUCCACUCUCCCGUCGAAUGGCACCACUGACCACCCAAAGGGGGCUCACAGUGACAUGAGAGUGAGCCUUACUCUUAAACCCAACAGUAGACCAGACUUUGGUUUCCAGACUCAUUGGGACUCCACCGGGGCGACAGUCAAAUUCAUUCAACCUGGCAGUCCAGCAGAACUUUGCCAGCUGUGCAUCGACGAUGAGAUUGUGGCUGUUAAUGGAGUUGCAGUGGCACACAUGAACUACACCCAGUGGAAGGAUAAAAUGACUUCUUCCCUGCAAACCGGCAGUCUGACCAUGGACAUUCGCCGCUAUGGCAACAAGGAUUGGAGCACCAGUGAUGGGAGUCAUCACAACCCGCCAGGCCAGAGCAGGGUGACCCUCAAUCUGACCGCCGCAGCUCCCGUUCUGAUAGGUUGCCCCGAUCACCAUGCCAACAGUGGUCCCUCUUCAGAAACCACAGUCAGGAAAGUGUCCAAAUUCAAUGGGGAGACGGACAAUGUUAUGCAAGGUAAAGUCAUGCACGGAGAGCUUCCUGACAACCACAGGACAGCCAGAAGUAAAGACUAUGGUAAUAGUACUUGGAAUAAUCAGAAAAGGAGGGCAGAAUUUUUCAGGCAGAAAGGAGGUUCAGAAUCUGCAAUAUCCGAUCUCCAGGUGCCGUCCCUCAGCCCCUCCUCACCCAGCUGGUCGUGGGACCGCGAGGAGGAUCGAAGGCGUCAGGAGAAGUGGCAGGAAGAACAGGAGCGCCUCCUACAGGAGCAGUACCGCCGGGAUCAGGAGAGGCUGCAGGCAGAGUGGCGGAGGGCGCAACAAGAUGCAAUAGGGGAAUUCAGGAAGUCGGGGAACACCUUUGAGACGGCCAAUGGAGGCGAGAGCCUCGUCAGCGCCCAGCUCCAUGUGACUGGAAUGAAAACCAGAGACGAAGAGCAGAGGCCUGACAGUGAUGGGUUUAAAGAGGCAGGGUCGAAACCUCAGAGUAAAGCCCAGGGAGCACAGAACGACAAGCGUGCAGAACCAGCCUGGGCAAAGUCCUUGUCUACCCCAGCAUUAGGUGGCCCCCACAAACAGAUAAGAGGUGACGAGAGGAAAAGAAAAGGACAGUCUGCGUCUAAGGUUGAGCAAGAAAGGCAGCAGAUUUUGGAGGAGAUGAAGAAAAGGACUCAGCUCCUGACCGACAACAGCUGGAUCCGCCAGCGCAGCAGCAGCUUUUACAAGGAACCCAUCUACGUCGGGGCUCCCUUGAAGAGGUUCGAGUCUCUGGACAACCUGGAUACUUUGCGUCAGUCCCCACUCCCUACGUUCAGCUACCCUCGCCCACACUCAGCUGCUGCAGGUUACUACGUUCCGAGCAGGAACUCCUCCUCCCGCUACAGCACUGGAUCAAUGUCAUCCCAGAGACAUGCAUCCAUGGACCCCUCUCUUCACGGCAGGAUGGUCAGUGGCAGGAGGACUUGCUGUGUGUGUGAGCGUGUCCUGGGUAGUGGGGCAGCCAUGGUCAUUGAGGCCCUUAGUCUCUGCUUCCACCUCGCCUGUUUCCAGUGCGUGGGCUGCCACCGACAUCUCGGAGGAACUGAGCUUGGAGUCCAGGUUCGAAUCCGAGAUGGGAAGCCGUACUGCAAGCCCUGCUAUUUCCAACUCAAGUCCACUGGUGCCCCCUCCAUGUGACCAGCACGCCGUACUGCAGAUUAUAGAGUAAGCAGCCGACUCACUGCUGGAUAAGAAUACGAGCACAGUGGAAACAUCGCCCACGCAGCCAACUUCUGAGUCCAACAUUAAUUGCUGGUAAACCUGUAAACUCUAUGAUUGGAUGUAAAAUCAGAGUAGACUCUUGAUGGCUGUUUUUUAAUCAAAUACGGUUAAUAUGGUACUUAAUUUGUCUGUCCUUUUUCCUGCUAGUUUGUUUCCAAGAAGAUUUAGAUUUAAUAUAUUAAAUAAAGUAAUGAUGCUGAAUUUAAUACUUCUAUUUUAUUGUUAGUGUUGCUUGUGUUAUAUUUGGAAUUUGCCCAGUCGUGCAUUAAAGAUAUCAGAUAUUUCCUGUUCAUGUAGCACAUUUUAGCUUGUACUGAAGCACUGUCUGUUCUACUGUAAUAUCACCGAGUGCACUUUGGGGUAAAUGUGUGGUAAAUAUGCAACGCAGCUGUUUCUCACAUGAAAAUGGAUAUCAUAACUGAGAUCUUUGUAAAUAAAGUGCACUGAACAGUAUCUGUAAGGGUUUUUAUUUGCUAUUCAUUACUGUACCACAUGGUGGCAUCAUUGGUCUCAUUAGUAAAACAAAUGUCAGUCUCAUACAGUAGGUAGAAAUGUCAUUAUUGGAAUAUCUCCAAUUUAUUUGAGACUACCAGAGACUAUUUGAGCAGUGACAUAUUUAGUUUUUGGUGUGUAGAGAUUAAUAUUUUACAGUUUUUGACACUGAAACUAAAGUACAGGUACUUGCCAGCAUGUUACUGAAUUAAUAAAUGACAGCAAUGACAUCUAGUAAUCAGGAUCUGUUUCCUAAAGAAGAAUCAACAGCAGCUACAAAGAUGCAGCGCAUUUUACAUGAGAUGUUUUUAUGCCGUUGAAAUUAAGCUGCACAGAUAGACUAAACAACUAUUUAAAUGUCACCGAAUCUACCUGCCCUCAUUAGUGAGAGUGUGCAACCUUGAGUUAAUCUUCCAAUCUGUUGCAACAACAUUUCAUCAGUGUAAUGCAUCAGCAUUGCUGAGGAAGCGAUGAGUUCGAGAGACUGCUUGUUUGCUCUUGUGUGAGUGAGAAAUAUGGGUCAGAAAUUGCAAGUUAACCUGUAAAGUCAACCAGCACAGACUGUAGAUUUUCUCGUGUUUAUCUCCUAGGUUUCCAGCCUUUUAAUGCUAAUUCAUUCUGAUUCCUCACUUGUGCCACCAAUAAAC